AUGGCACCUGCACAGAACACUCAGUUGGAGCACAUAAUCAGUGAGGCGGUAAAGUCCGGAGAUGUCCGAGCACUGGAUGUGUUCUUGCAGAGGGAGAUUUAUGAAGAGACUCCCAUGAAAUGCUCUCAACAGUUUCUCAGCAAAUUGGAUAAACUUAUCUGCAGGCUGCUGAUGCCCUCAGAUGAGAAACUUGAGGAAUUCUGGAUUGACUUCAACCUCGGCAGCCACAGCAUCUCUUUUUACUUCUCCUUGGCUGAUGAAGAGGAGGGUAAGAGGCAGGUCUUGCAGAUCAAGCUGUCAGAGGUGGUCAUUGUUGGUGCAGCUGAAGGAUCCACUCUUACGAUCCAUUUCAGCUCCUCACUGGACAUCCUGCAGGCUGUGCAAAAUGUCUAUGAACACAGCAAAAAUAAAGGCUCAUCUGUAGUGAAAGCUACAGCUAGAUCUUUAAUGGAGAACAACACUCAGGUUGUUCCAGAGAGCCAGGUGUCUCUUGGUGAAAGUGAAAAAAGUACUGUCAACUACGUUUUACCUGCUACAGCUGAACCAGCACAGGUGGUCACCCCAGCCAAGAUGAAGAUUUCUGAGGCCACUGCCGUUUUUAGCAGCGGCGGAGCUGGAAGUGUGCAUCGUUCCUUCUCUCUUGCAUCAAACACUCCAGCCAAUGGCAUUGGAACAGAAAAGUCACCUCUUGAAGUGAGCACAGCCUCUAAACCGGCCAUCGAGAAUAAAGGUGACAAAUACAAAAAGAGCACAGCCUCUAAACCGGCCAUCGAGAAUAAAGGUGACAAAUACAAAAAGAAGGAGAACAUAAACACCUGUGGCAUACAGAGCAAUGGCAUCCACUCCCCAGUACUCCUCAGCACAACCAAGAAAGAGCAGCCUAUGGCAAAAAAGAAGGGGCAUGUAAAAAAGCACCUGUUUAGUGACACAGACACAGAAAAUGCCACAACAGAUCUCAGCUGGCUGAGAGAGUCAGCCACAAAGUCCAAGCCCAAGGUUAUCAAAUACUCCAGGCAGGCGCCCAUCAAACCUAGACCUGUCCCACACCAUGCUUCUGUUGAAUCUCCAGAUUUAGUCCCAACCUUUCCAAGAGCUGGAUUGGGUAAUAACAAACCAACUCAGAAAAACGGCCGCAUGAAAAGGGACCUUGGUCAGCCAAAGGAGAGAGUAAAGCUAGCAGCAGCACCUAGCAGACAACAUGCAGCUACUAAGAGGCCCAAGAGAGUUGCAGCCGCCUCUACCAGAAGCUACAAAGAGCCAGAUACUGAUGACAGUCAGCCAGAAGAACCUGAGGAUCCUCCUGCUACCAAGUACUCAUUCUCUGCGAAAACCGUGGAAGUUCAUGCAACUCAAAAAAAGAAGAAAAAGACUGACAGCACCCAGCAAAUGGAAAACAAUAUAAACCCAUGCGCAAAGAAGCCAGCCACUUCCAAGAAAUAUUUUAUAGACCAGCAGAGGAAGCAUGAGAAAACCUCUGAGCGAGCAGCUGCUACCUACAGGAGAAAACGCAACAACAACCAGUCAGAUUUUAAAAAACCUUCUGUACUUAAGAGGCCUGAAAAUGUUCCUCAAGAAACUUCAAAAUUGAAAAAGACAAAUGCCCAAGAACAGAUGAGUUCAUUGAAGGAUUCCUGGGUUACUUGCCAGACCUCUUUCCGUCCAUCCCCUCCUCUCAUGGAAAAGAUGAGAUCUGCUGAUAGGUCAGUCCCAACCUUGGAUUUGACCUGCUCCCCUCUUCUCACCCCGCGGGGAUCCCCGCUGCCUGCCUCCCCUAAGCCUUCUUGCCAAGACACCCCCUCGCCAGUCCUGCUGCUACCCAAACCUAAAGUCAGAAGUAAAGAAAUGUGCAAGUGUUCUUUCUACACUGCAGAAAAGAAUCAUGGCUCAUCCAAGACUCAUUCUAAGCAGUCUGUCCCUUCUCUCACUUCACUUGGAGGACAAAUCCCUGCACCUCCGACUGAACUUAGUGCAGCAAAGAUUAGUACAAUCGAACAGCAUCUUUCUUCAGCACCUCAUUCUCCUUUGUCCACUCGACCCCUGCUGACAUCCACACUCCUUGAGCUGGACAAACCACCCUUGCCUUCUCCUGCUCAGUCACCAUUUCCAAAUGACACAAUUAGCCAUGGCCACUGCUGUAGUUUGAGUAAUGUGUCUUCAGUAUCCCAGAUUUCACUAAGCUUAUCAUCUAUUAACUCAUCAGUACUCACCAGCAAAGUUAAGGACGGUCCCACUGUUGCCCUGGCUCUAUCUGUUAAAGCAGAGAUGACGCCACUGUCAGACCAAGACUCAAAACUCGCACAGUCUCAUGUUUCAGGGCCCAGCCGCAAGCGCCACAUUUCCUUGUCUAGUGAUUCAGAGGACGAGGAGACAGAAGAGAGUAUGAGAAGCAAGAUGAGAGGGAAUCACUCUCCUCAUUUGAAGCCACGGAAAUUAUUCAAGUCGUUUGAGGUGCCUGCUGUGGAUGAGUUGAGCCAGGUGAAGUCUUCCUCUGGUCAUUGGGAGGGUGAAGUAACAGAUGGAGACGUGGACAUUGAUGAAGGUUUAGAUUUGCCAGAAAUUGCUGUAAACCCAAGAAACAUGUGUCAGCAGUUGAGCUCGGAGCUCAAGAAGAAGUUCCAGAAACGUUACAGCAUGAUGGAGCUUUACAACAAGCAGUCUUUGAAGACCGUCCAGCAACACGUCUCUUCCAUUAAUAUGCAAAUUACCAAAUGCAGGACUCAGAGGCUUAAACAGAUUCAGAAGGUCCUCCUGGAAGAGAUACACAAAUUGGAGCAGGAUGACACUGUGCUGAAAAACAUGGAUAAUGACCUCACCAUGUACUGGAAAAAACAGAUGACGGCUUUCCAUUCUUACCAGAAGCAGGAAAUCACAAGAAAUGAGCUCCUGAAGAGAGCGCUUCAGAGUAACACGUGCAACAGCUUGGAGUAUGAGGAGAGAAUAUUCACAUCUGAGAUGUGCACGAUCAGAAAAGACAUGAAGUCAGUUCAGGACAAAUUCCUCAGUGAGAUGCUGGAGGGAGAGCUCCAGAGAGUCAAGAAAGGACUGCAUGCUUUGUUCUUCCCCUGAUGAGGGAGCCGGGUUUGAGUUCAACACUGUCCCGGAACGCAAUAAAGCAGGUUGUGUGUUUCGUGCUGUCCUAGGCAGUUCUGCUGUGCUCAGUCAAAGUAUUUUCAUGCAGUGUUUGUUUUUCUGGAUUCUGCUUUGAUUCCAUGCAGAUGUCUUUGGUUUAUUCUAAUGGUGCUUUGUUCCAGUGUUUGGGAUUUGAUUGGAAAUGUUGUGUUCUGGUGUUAUUUUAUGGCUUUUAUAAAUUGAAUAAGUUUUGGUGUUAUUGUAAGCUCUCCCAUGCUAUUCAUUGACUUGACUCUAUUUUUAACCCUAAUUCUUGAUUUAUUCAUUGAAGCUUGUUAAGUACUAGAAAUGGUCAAGUAAACUUUCAAGAUCUUAAUUGUAUUGAUUGUUUUUUAAUAACUCCUCUACCAUAUUGUUAAAUGAAA